AUGAGAACUCUUUUCCUGCAUUUUUUGUUCUCCCUUUUAUUGCUUUCCAUGCACAAAAUUUCCCAUGCAAGGGAUACACUCACUUCCACUCAGUUCCUCAAAGAUGGAAACACCAUCAUUUCAUCUGGUGGGAGCUUUGAGAUGGGGUUUCUCAGCAUCCCUGCUGGUUCCAUAAACCGAUAUGUCGGUAUAUGGUACAACCAAAUUCCUGUUCCAACAGUAAUAUGGAUUGCCAACAGAGAAACUGCCCUAACUAACUCAACAUCUGCUGUCUUGAAGAUCGUUAAGCCUGGCCGGCUACUUCUUAUUGACGGCAAGAAUGACACUUAUCAAACUUUCCUAAGUUCUGAAAUGGUAUCAGAGCCCCGCAAUAUGAGCUAUGCGGCGGUCCUCUCGGCGGAUGCAGAAUCCAACGGAGCUCCGUCAAUAGAGCGUCCUCCAUCAAUGUCGCUUCCGCAGCGAAGUGCGAGUGCAAGUUCGGAAGACUAUGAAAAUCCGUUGUUUCUGCAUGUGAGUGAGAAUCCGAAUAAAGUGCUUGUAUCUCCUUCAUUGACCGCGUCUAAUUACAGCUCAUGGAGUCGAUCGAUGAGAAUAGCCCUAGAAGUUAAGAACAAAUGGGGAAUAAUUGACGGAUCCAUUUCCGUUCCAGAUGUUGGACACCCUGAAUAUGGAGCUUGGAGGAGAUGCAACAUGAUCGUGAGUUCCUGGCUAUUAAAAUCAGUUAGUCCUUCAAUUGCUCAGAGUGUUAUCUAUUUUGAAAAGGCAAAGGACAUAUGGGAGGACUUAAGAAAGAGGUUCUCUCAAGCAGAUCCACACAGAAUCUCAGAACUCCAGGAUGAAAUCUACAAUAAUAAACAGGGAAUUUUGAGUGUUACUGACUACUACACAAGGUGCAAAACAUUGUGGGAAGAAAUGAGUGCAUUACGGCCGCUACCUGUUUGUGAAUGCACUCCUAGAUGUUCAUGUGAGCUUGUGAAGAAAAUCAUAAAGGAACGUGAUGAUGAUCAGGUAAUCCGUUUUUUGAAGGGACUAAAUGAUGAUUUUACUAGUAUUAAAUCAGGAGUUUUAGUUCUAGAUCCUAUGCCAGAUGUCUAUAAAGUGUUUGGAAUGGCACUCAAACUAGAAAGACAAAUCAGUGGCACAAAUAUUGGAUGCAGUGGGAAUGAUAUAAUGCAAGCUAAUGCCAGUCAAGGUAGCCUCACAGAACAAAUGAAUGAAGAAGUUGUGGCUGUUGUUUCUGGUUCAAAUAAUGCAAGUAAUUUCAAUAACAAAAAAAGGUUCAACACUAACAGUGGAAACAAGUCUGCAGCAAAAUGCACAUUUUGUGGAAUGAACGGUCACACCAUAGACAAAUGUUACAAAAAGCACGGAUACCCCCCGGGAUGGAUUGCAGGCUAUAAGUCCAAAGGAAAACAAGCACAAGUUCAAGGACAAGUAAAUCAGUUAGCAGUCUCUGCAAAUGCAAAUCAAACUGGAGAUAUUGGAAUAUCAAAUGAGCAACUCCAGAAAUUGAUCACACUUAUCCAGACACAGAUUGGACAGGGUUCAUCCACUGCCGCAACAGUUUCACUUGGUAUUCCUACUCCAACUUUGGUUCCAGAUUUUAAAGCUGUGGCAGAGAAUCCACCCGAAGGCAAGUUUACUUCUAUAGCUCACAUUAAUUCUAUUUUGAGAUGUUCUGCCACAUGGAUAUUAGACACAGGUGCAACAGAUCAUAUUACAUGCUCUUUGGAAUUUUUUGAUGAAUAUAGUGCUGUUCAGGGAACUGUGGUUAACUUGCCAAACGGGGAGACUGUUAAAGUCUCACAUAUUGGAAACAUUAAACUAUCUGAGAACUUAUGGUUAAAGAAUGUUUUGUGCAUCCCCAGUUUUACUUUCAAUAUUGUGUCAGCCAGUAAAUUAGCCAAACAUUCAAAUUGUAGCUUACUCGUGAUGGCAAAUGAAUGUUUGAUACAGGAUGUUCAUGGGAUGAUGACUGGUUUUGCUAAGGAAGAGAAUGGGUUGUAUCUUCUGACAGAGCCUCCAGCAAAGAAAAUUUCUUCUUUCAGUAUGUCUAAUAAGAUACAUUGUAAUGCUAUUAGUAUGGAUGUUUGGCACCAGAGACUGGGGCAUUUUCCCAUUACUAAAAUGCAUAUGUUGUGUGGUUUUCAUCAAACUUCUUGGAAUAAGAAUUUAGCUUGUGAUGUGUGUCAUUUUGCUAAGCAUAAGAGAUCACCUUUUCCUAUUAGCACUUCCACUACUGCAGGUUGUUUUGAGUUGAUACAUUUGGAUAUUUGGGGUCCCUUUCCAGUUUGUUCAUUGCAGGGACAACACUAUUUCCUUACAAUAGUGGAUGACUACAGUAGGUUCACAUGGCUACAUUUGAUGAGGCAUAAGUCAGAGGCAAGGCCUUUGAUCAAAGCAUUUUACAACUAUGUAGUAACUCAGUUUUCUACUAAAAUCAAGGUCAUAAGAAGCGAUAAUGGGGCUGAGUUUAAUAUGACUGAGUUUUAUGCAGAAAAGGGCAUUUUACAUCAAAAGUCAUGUGUUAACACCCCACAACAGAAUGCAAUUGCAGAGAGGAAGCAUCAACAUGUGCUAAAUGUAGCUAGGGCCUUAAGAUUUCAAGCAGCUCUCCCCUUGCAGUUUUGGGGGCAUUGUGUUCUACAUGCAACUUAUUUGAUAAACAGGUUACCCUCUCAAGUGAUCAACUGGCAAACUCCUUUUGAGAAGUUAUAUGGUAAGCCUACUGAUUAUGCUCAUUUAAAGGUGUUUGGUUGUUUAUGUUAUGCUUCCACACAAUCACAGUCAAGACAUAAAAUGGCAGCAAGAGGAAGGAAGUGCAUUUUCAUUGGAUAUCCUGCUAAUGUAAAGGGAUACAUUUUAUAUGAUAUACAAAAUGGUUCAGUUUUCAUAUCCAGAGAUGUACAUUUUUAUGAGCAGGAGUUUCCCUUCAAGACAAAUGAUGCUAAAAAUACUUCAGCCAGUGAGACACACGAUUUGUUUAAUCCUUCUCUGCCAGUUCUAUCUUUUUCAGAUGAUUAUAACCUAGGUGAUAUAGCCACUGAUGGUCAUUCCAUCUUAGGCGUUCCAUCUGCCUCUCCACUUGGUCAUGACAGUUCGUUGCCUGUAGCCCAAAAUUCAGCAGCAGAGAAUGGUUUGCCAGAUGAAACUCAAAAUGAAUCUCAUAAUAUUCAGCCUAGAAGAUCUACAAGACAAAGGCAUAUUCCUGUCAGAUUACAAGAUUACCAUUGUGAUCCAGUGAUACAUGGUAGGUCUUCUCCACACUCUUUACAUCAUGUUCUUUCCUAUGAAUCCUUAUCUCCAACAUACAGAGUAUUCACCACUGCUAUCUCCUCAAAUUAUGAACCUAAGACAUAUAAUGAGGCAAUCAAAUUUCAGUGUUGGAAACAAGCAAUGCAGGCUGAAAUUCAAGCCCUUCAGGACAAUCAUACUUGGACACUCACUGAUUUACCUCCUGGGAAAACUCCAAUAGGCUGCAAAUGGGUGUAUAAGAUCAAACAUAAAUCAGAUGGUUCAAUAGAAAGGUAUAAAGCCAGGUUAGUGGCUAAAGGAUACACUCAGCAGUUGGCAGUGGCUCAUAGAGUGUUGAGGUAUUUGAAAGGUGCACCAGGAAAAGGCAUCUUUUAUCCCUCAAGUUCAGAACUACAUUUGCAAGCUUUUGCUGACUCCGAUUGGGCAGCCUGUUCUGAAACCAGGAAGUCCAUUACAGGCUUUUGUAUUUUUCUUGGGAAGUCUCUUAUUUCCUGGAAAGCAAAGAAGCAGCCUACAGUUUCACGUUCCUCAUCUGAAGCGGAGUAUAGGUCUUUGGCUGUAACCGUGUGUGAACUACAAUGGUUGUGCUACUUGCUGAAUGAUUUGCACGUUAGUCUUGACAAACCUGCAACUGUUUUUUGUGAUAAUAAUUCAGCUAUAGCCAUUGCUGAAAAUUUUGUGUUUCAUGAAAGGACGAAACACAUUGAAAUUGAUUGUCAUAUUGUUCGCCAAAAGGUUCAACAAGGUCUUGUUAAACUCCUGUCUGUUUCUUCUUCAAAUCAGAUUGCUGAUGGAUUCACUAAACCACUGCCUUUUCCUCAGUUUGACAAGUUUACUUCUAAGCUGGGCCUCCAAAACUUUUACUUUGUAGUAGCCUGUAUAAAGGCAGUAGCUGAGCAGGUUUUAAGUUUGGUGUUUUUCAUCUCUCUGUCUUUCCUAAGUUCUGAAAACACUAUAUGGUCCACCAAUGCACCAAGAUCAUCAGCUCAGAAUCCGAUUGCACAACUGUUGGAUUCAGGGAAUCUUGUGGUGAGAGAUUCAGAGGAUGAAAACCCGGAGAAUUUCCUGUGGCAGAGUUUUGAUUACUGGUCCGAUGGUUGCCAUAGGAGGAUACCUCUGAAAUGCAAGAAUGGAACAGAUGGGUUCAAGAAGUAUUCUGGGAUAAAAUUGCCAGACACUACACAUUCUUGGUUUAACACAACUAUGAACCUUAAAGAGUGUGAGCACAAGUGUUUGAGCAAUUGUUCAUGCACUGCUUAUUCGAGUUUAGAUAUAAGCAAUGGAGGAAGUGGCUGUUUGCUUUGGUUUAAGGACUUGUUUGAUAUUCGGUUAUUGUCUCAGAAUGGACAAAACAUUUACAUCAGAUUCGAUUCUUCUGAGAUACCAGACGAAUCUUGUCAUGCUAGCUCAAAGGGGAAGAAAGUACAAAUCAUCGUCUUAGGUUCUUCGUUACCACUAACUAUAAUAAUCUUGCUAGUUCUGUGCUUUGGUUUGUACCUCUACAAAAAGAGUAAGGAGAAAAUGAUGAAGCUGAAAGAAUGGUUAGAAAUACCGUUAUUUGACAUGUCUACAAUAUCAAGAGCUACAAAUAACUUUUUAGAAAAUAACAAACUUGGAGAGGGUGGAUUUGGAGCUGUUUACAAGGGUGUUCUAGAAAACAAACAAGAAAUUGCUGUGAAGCGACUCUCAAAGACUUCCACACAAGGAGUACAAGAGUUCAAGAAUGAAGUAAUUUGUAUUGCCAAACUUCAACACCGCAAUCUAGUAAAGCUCCUUGGGUGUUGUAUACAAAGAGAAGAAAAGCUUUUGGUCUACGAAUACAUGCCAAACAAAAGCCUGGAUACCUUUAUAUUUGAUGAAGCAAAGAGCAUAUUGCUUGAUUGGCCAAAACGCCAUACCAUUAUUAACGGAGUUGCACGAGGAUUAAUGUAUCUCCAUCAAGAUUCUCGAUUAAGGAUCAUUCAUAGAGACCUUAAAGCAAGUAAUGUUUUGUUGGAUAACAAUAUGAAUCCUAAGAUUUCAGACUUUGGGUUGGCAAGAAGUGUUGGAGGAGAUGCAACAGGAGCAAAUACAAAUCAUAUUAUCGGGACACACGGAUACAUAUCACCUGAAUAUGCUACUGAUGGAACAUUUUCAAUAAAAUCAGAUACAUUUAGUUUUGGCGUUUUGUUGUUGGAAAUUGUGAGUGGGAAAAGAAAUAGAGGAUUUUCCCAUCCAGACCACAAUCUCAACCUUAUUGGUCAUGCAUGGAAACUGUAUAAAGAAAACAGGGCGUUGGAAUUAAUUGAUGUCCAUCUUGGUCCAUCGUGUGAUCUGUCACAAGUUCAAAGGUAUAUCCAUGUCGGAUUGUUAUGUGUGCAACAACGUCCAGAAGAUAGACCGAUCAUGUCUUAUGUGGUAACAAUAUUGUCCAAUGACAGUACCUUACCUGAAGCAAAAGAGCCUGGAUUUUUCACAGAACAAAGAGUAAACAAGGGUGAUUGCUCUUCAAGCACACAGGGAACAGGUUCAACAAACGAAUGCACCAUGACUGUCUUGGAUCCUAGGUAGAGCAUAUGCAAUAAAAUCCUUGUAAAAUAGUUUCCCUUUUGGUAAACAACUUUUACUGCACUUUCUUUUUCCUUCUAAUAAUAUGUGGUUGAAGUUAUUGAUAUUUCAUACGGAGUAUAUA